AUGGCGGACGAGCGCAAGACAUCGAUCAUGGGAGUCGAUUCUCGCGGGGACAAUGUACUAAGAGUCUUGGAUACGGAUGUCCGCAAGAUGAGCGUCAUCAACCCGGAACUCGCUGAGCAAAACAGCAACGCGCGCUCUGCUACUGAUCGCGAGCACAACAUGACGAUCAGACAAUGCUUCCGCCUCUACCCGAAGGCGAUCGCAUUCUCUCUCAUCUUCUCGACGGCGAUCAUCAUGGAAGGUUACGAUACAGCUCUUCUGGGCUCCUUCUACGGAUUUAAGCCAUUCCGCAACAGGUUUGGAGACCAGCCGGAUACAAGUCCGGAUGCGAUGCCGGGUGAUAUGGUGGUGAGCUCCAAGUGGCAGACUUCCAUCGGCGCUGCGGGACAGUGCGGUCAGAUCCUCGGCUUGUAUUGCAACGGUUACAUCUCCGACAAGAUCGGAUACAAGAAGACCAUGUUCGUCUCUCUGAUAGUGAUGAUCGGGAUGAUCUUCAUUCCCUUCUUUUCGACAAACAUCGAAACCUUCUUGGUCGGUGCUGUCAUGCAGGGUAUUCCGUGGGGAGUUUUCCAGACGUUGACGACCACUUAUGCAUCUGAAGUCGCUCCUGUCAAGAUCCGAGCUUACCUUACUACAUAUGUGAACCUGUGCUGGGUGUUCGGUCAACUGAUUGCCGCUGGCAUUCUCAAGGGACUGCUGAAUGGAACCACUCAGUGGGCGUAUAAGAUCCCUUUCGCCAUCCAAUGGGUCUGGCCUCCUCUGAUUCUCAUCGGCUGCUGGUUCGCCCCCGAAUCCCCUUGGUGGCUCGUCCGAAAGGGUCGCCUCGAGGACGCCAAGAAGUCCCUUCUCCGUCUCACGUCCCAAGGCUCCGGUGUGGACUUCAACGUCCACGACCAAGUGAUGAUGAUGAAAGCCACCAACGAGCUCGAGAUUUCCAUGUCGGCCGGUACCCAGUACUGGGAUUGCUUCCGCCGGACCGAUCUGCGCCGGACCGAAAUCUCAUCCGUCGCCUGGCUCGCGCAAGCCUUCUGCGGCGCCGUCCUGAUCGGCUUCGCCGUCCAAGUCUACGAACGCGCAGGCCUCGACGACUCUCACGCCUUCUCUCUCAACAUCGGCCAAUCCGGCAUGGGCGCCGUGGGGACGAUCCUGUCGUGGUUCCUCAUGCAGCACGUCGGGCGCCGCAAGAUCUACCUCUACGGCCUGGGAGGCAUGUUCGCCAUCCUCCUCACCAUCGGCGGUCUCGGCUUCGCCGACCCGCGCAACACCCGCGCAUCCUGGGGCGUCGGCUCCCUCCUCAUGGUGUACACCUUCGUCUACGACCUCACCGUCGGCCCCGUCUGCUACUGCCUGGUGGCCGAGAUCCCGUCCACGCGCCUCAAGAUCAAGACGGUCGUGCUGGCCCGCAACUUCUACAACAUCGGCGGCAUCAUCAACAACGCGAUCGUGCCGCCCAUGCUCGGCGUCAAUGCGUGGAACUGGGGUCCGAAAUCGGGUCUCUUCUGGGCCGGCUCUUGCGCCCUCCUGUGGACCUGGUCGUACUUCCGUCUGCCGGAGCCCAUGGGCAGGACCUAUGGUGAGCUGGACGUGCUCUUCGAGCACAAGGUCUCGGCCCGCAAGUUUGCGACCACCAGAGUCGACCAGUUUGCCGGUGAGCAGACGGGGCUCUUGGGAGGCGAUACGGAGAGCAUCACAGGCAAGAGUAAUUUCAACGAAAUGGAGUACAAGUCAUGA